GAAAUGGGCUGGCCAGAAAUAAGCAGAAAAAAAAUGGUUUACUAUUCCUUUUUCCAGGUGACUUGCUGAUAAGUAUGCCACGGGUUGAGUUGAUCAUCUGGAUCGAGAGAAGAACAACAGCAGGCAGUUCUAGCUAGGCAUGGCGAUCAUCCUGCUGCUCUUGCUCAGCUGCCUCACGCCGUUCCAGGAGGCGGCAGCCGAUGCGUUCUGCGACAACGUUAAGGUCCUCGCCGCCACCCUCCCCAACAAAACCUCCUCCUCCCCGGUACACUUCGCCACCACCACCGUCGGCCAAGCCCCUGACAUCGUCUACGCGCUCGCGCUCUGCCGUGGUGACAUUCUCAACGACACUGCCUGCUCCCAGAGCGUCGCCAACACGUUCGGCAUAGUGCGGAACGCCACGCCACCGGACAUGGAGUGCUACGGGGGAACCCGCUAUUAUGCCGAGUAUAGUAUCCUCCUCUACAACUUCAACGACAUCCUUGCUCCCUCAAUAUACACCAAUAGUACGGGAGAUGAAAACGGUGGCGACCCUCCCUUUGAGAGGUGGAACGUCAAGAACGUCACCGGCGACGUGCCCCUCGUCGCCGGCCUCAUCCGCGAGCUGCUGGUGGAGACCGUGGAGAAGGCAGCCAGCGCGACGCCGAGGCGGUUCGCCACGGGCGUCAUGGACAGCGGCACCACCUUCCCAAAGGUGUACUCGUUGGCGCAGUGCACGCCGGACUUGUCAACCGGGGACUGCCUGGCAUGCCUGAAUCAUCUCCUCGGCUUGAUCAACUCCACCAUGUCCCUGCGCAUGGGAGGACAGAUGGGCGUCAUACGGUGCUACUUCAGGUAUGAGGCGUCUCCGUUCUACCAAGGCCAGCCUAUGAUAAGCCUCGGGCCGCCGGCUCCGACUCCAGGCGAACACAAAAGGCGCAUGAGCAAGCUGUGGAUAAUUGCCAUAGUUUUAGUACCUGUAGCGGCAGCAGCAUUUCUCUUUUUCAUCCUAUACUCUCGUCGUCUCACAAAGCAAAGAAAAGGUACACUGCUGAGAUUACAAGGAUCAAGACGUUCUCAAGAUUUGGAAGGAGAGGAAGAACUAGUUUGGCAAGGGGGGAAUUCAGAGUUCAUGGUGUUUGAUUUUGAACAGCUACUAGAGGCCACAAAUAAUUUUUCAGAAGAAAACAAACUUGGACAAGGUGGCUUUGGCCCUGUCUACAAGGGCAAGCUUACUGAUGGACUAGAGAUAGCAGUUAAGCGACUUGCUUCACAUUCUGGUCAAGGUUUCACAGAGUUCAAAAAUGAAGUCCAGCUCAUAGCCAAACUCCAGCACAGCAAUUUGGUUAGGCUUUUGGGAUGUUGCUAUCAAGACGAGGAGAAAAUAUUGGUGUAUGAAUACUUGCCAAACAAAAGCCUGAAUCCAAAAAUUUCAGAUUUUGGGCUAGCAAAAAUAUUUAGCUCAAACACCGAAGGAAACACAACAACAAGAGUGGUUGGUACAUAUGGCUACAUGGCCCCUGAGUAUGCUUCACAGGGUGUCUUCUCUAUCAAGUCCGACGUCUUCAGCUUUGGUGUUAUUAUCUUUGAGAUCCUUAGUGGAAAACGGAAUUCUGGAAACCAACAAUAUGGAGAUUUCAUCAAUCUUCUUGGAUAUGCAUGGCAGUUAUGGGAUGAGGGAAGGUGGAUUGAUCUCGUUAGUUCAUCAUCGUUUUCCAAAAGUCACUCGACAAAGAUGAUGAGGUGCAUUAACAUAGCACUAUUGUGCGUACAAGAGAAUGCAGCCGAUCGACCAACUAUGGCUGAUGUUAUAGCUAUGCUAAGCAAUGAGGCUAUGAUCAUCGAUGAGCCUAAGCAGCCAGCAUAUUUCAAUGUGAGGGUAGGAAAUGAAGAGACAUCGACUGCUACAGAGUCAUGUAGUAUUAAUGAUAUGACCAUAUCAGCCACACUUCCUAGAUAAUAUUUUGUUCGUGUUACAUGGUUUAUAUGUCGCAGUCUAUAUUGAUGAUACUACAACUCUUGUACAAUUUAUAAGUUUAAGCCACCCUUCCUAAUUGGUGUA